AUGGCAUCUAUCUGUAACUCAAUAGGGAACUCAACAUGGAAAAACAGAAUUGUUGGAUUACUACGUCAAAACAAUCCGUCUGAAAGUUUAUCGAUGUUCAAGUGGUAUCAAAUUCAGAUUCAAGAAUUUCCACGUCGGUUACUACGACCUCAUCGACAAUAUGAAAAAGCUAUAGAGAACUUUAUCAAAACCUAUAAUAUACAACGAAAAUCAUGGACAAAAAAUCAUUUAGCUUUUGUAUCAAUAUUAAAUAUUGGAAAUGAGUAUUUUAAUUUAAAACAAAAUCAGUUAGCAUUAGAAUAUUUUCACUCUGCAAUUAAUAUUCAACAACUUUAUUUGCCAAAUGAUCAUUUUGAAUUUCCAUCCCUUUAUCAUAUAACUGGUGAAACAUAUUUAGUACAAGGGCAAUUUGUUUAUGCAUUAAAAUAUUAUAAACUAGCAUUAGAUUGUCAUUUAAAAAUAUUACCAUUAAGUUUCAUAUAUGAACAUCGUACAAUUACUUUGAAAGAAGCCAAAUUUAAUUAUAGCUAUUUCGCAUAA